AACAAUGAAGACGUGGCUUCGGCCUUUAAAACUACCAAAAUUUUCCAAUUACUACCAAAAAUAAGACCUGGCUGUAUGGACUAAAGUCCUUUGCCUUUCCCAUUAGGGAUAAAUUGAAAAAAAAAAAAUAUUAUCAAUUUAAAACUUAUCUAUUUAAAAAAUUCAGUUCAAACUUCAAAGUACAGAAUAUAGAAGAUAAUAAGAUAAUGUGAUAGAAGUAUAAUAGUAAUAAAAGCUCAGUUUUUUUAUCGACAAAUUAUGCAAUACAGUUAAAAUGUUUUCUCCUCAAAGACUAUUAUCAGCUUCAGCUCGUGAACGAUGUAUAGCAUCUUUAAGAGGCCUGCCCGAGUUUGUGUUUGAAGAUGUAAGUCCAAAAAAGAAAGCUUCAGUUUUAGUGCCCAUGUGUGUAAUGAAUAAUGAAGUACAUUUACUGUACACUACGCGAUCUACUAACUUAAGUAGCCAUGCAGGACAAAUAUCUUUUCCGGGUGGAAAGAUGGACAAAGAUGAAGAUGAAAUACAAACGGCUUUAAGAGAGACUGAAGAAGAAAUUGGUGUGCCUCCAGAGGCAGUUGAAAUCUGGUCUACGAUGUCUAGCGUUCAAGGGCGUGAUAAGAACAUGCUUAUAACACCUGUUGUUGGUUUAAUUAAGGAUUUUGAAAAUGUGACUCUCGUACGAAAUGUCCAUGAAGUAGAAGAAAUAUUUACAGUACCUAUGUCAGCUCUUUGUGAUAAAAAAAACCAUGCACACUUGGAGUUUGAGAAAACUAUUCUUCCAGUGUUUUUAUAUGAGAAACAUAGAAUAUGGGGUAUUACAGGAUUUAUUACAAACUUUUUCCUACAAUGUUUCCUUCCAACUGAAAGCUAUCAAUGUGACUUUUUAAGAAGAAAGUUUGAACUUCAUGAACUAUUACCAUCAAAAUUAUAGUUGCACAGUGAAAUUUCAUGUUUGAGUGGGUUAAAAAUAUAAUUAUACAAUUCUAUGUAAUGAUGUAAAAAUAUUUUGU